CGACGGUGGUGUGUACUGUUGUGUUUUGUAAUGAUCAACACGCGGUCUCUGUUUUGGUCGUUUCCAACAUCGACCUUUCUUUAUUGAAAGUUUCCUUGUCUUCCUAUUUCAAGGAAAACUUGAUAACGAAACCCUUUCGUGUMAAGAUGAAGCCACAUUCCGAGUAAUCUGAUUUGUUUUCCUUCUUUUUUUCCGCUUUUUAUUGAAAAGAGCGCGAAACCGCGUUCUCGUCUUCAUGAAGAUCAUCUACAACUUUUAACUGCAUUUAAUUUACCAGCAUGAUUCAACGAUCGGGUAGUCUUAUUCCAGACAAUAUCAAAGCGUUAGUCUUUGACUGCGAUGGUACUUUAUUGAAUACGAUGCCUUUACACUGGCGAGCUUGGUGUAAAGUUUGCCGAGAUACAGGACUCAACUUCUCAAAGGAAGACUUUUAUGUUUUGGCUGGCGUUCCGGGGAAAAAGAUCAUCAGCGUUCUAGCUUCUCACCAAGGAAAAAUGUUGGACGCCCAAGAGGUUUACGAGAGGAAGAGAAGCUAUUUUYUGUCAGAACUUUCUACYGUUGUCCCAAUUAAYUGYGUUUUGCAAUACGUCCAUGAAGCCAACGACCGUGGCAUUCCUGUUGCAGUUGCGUCAGGAAGCUCAAGGAAGCAAGUUGAGCAAGCAUUAUCAAAUACUGGACUUCGAAGUCUUUUUGACUUUGUGCUUGGCAAUGAAGACUACUUSAACCAUAAACCUAAUCCAGAUGCUUUUCUAAAAGCAGCAGAGCUCCUUGGUGUUGAUCCAUCAGAUUGCUGGGGCUUCGAAGAUACUGACAUUGGACUGGAGUCAAUCAAACGAGCAGGUUUCUCUAAGGCUAUUGAYGUACGAUUAAUGCCAGGCUACCCAGACCAGAGACCAAUUAUCGACMUGGAAACACCAGCUACAUCAAGCAGGAGACUUCGGCGAGCCCUAACGAUUGGAUAGCACCAGUACAUUAUAACACUUCAUCUGGGAUGGGAAGGAGAGCUAAGGAAUGAAUUCACUGGGAAAGAUUUUCAUUUAAUUUUCAAUAUACAUAAAUAUCAUUAAUUAAAUUGAUAGUUUGAUAGUUUUGCUUUUGAUUACCAGUACUCCUGUAUAGUAGAACUUCUUAMAAAUGCUACAUCGACAGACAACUCAGUGUACAGAUGUUUCCCACCAUUCCCCCCAUGGGGAAAGAUCAGCAAAGAUUUUCCCCAGGGGAGGAGGGGUGAGAARUAGCUAUAGACUGGUUACGCUUUAUCUCAAAUAUAUAUACAUUCUUUGUAAAAAUUACCACUAUCACAGGCGCUUCAAUAAUAUAUUACCAAUGCUGCUCUUUUCGGGUUCUGCUGAACUAAUUGACAUACUCUUACAGAAUAAUGASACUUACUGAAUAUUUUUAAUGCAUAUUGCAUGUAGAUAGCAUUCUGAGAAUAUAUCUCCCUGUUUAUUGACACUUAAAUGGUAGCUUUACAAUACACAUGAUAUGACUACAAUGUUUAAUAAUCUUAGUUAACUUAAUGAUUGUUAUUACUUAGGAUGACAAUUCAUUUAAAUGAUAACUUUUGAUUUUAAGUGCUCACUACACUCAUAAAAAUCUAUAUUGCAAAUUAUGCAUUCUGAUAGUUUUUUUCUGAGUGCACRUUAUUUGGCUUCUUAACGCAUACUCUUGACUAACAUGAAUAGGUGAAGGGAUUUGGAGAAAUCAAUCAUAAUCACUACUAAGAAAUCAUGCACAAAAUCAUAUUCUUUGGAGUGAUGUUCUAUUGACUAUGUAGGAAUAGUAAGGUUGUUAGUAAGAUAAUAAUAAUAAUAUAAUGCUAUUUAUAUAGCGCUUAUCCAACUGUUCUAAGCGCUAAGAGCUUGAGUGGAUAAAUUGAAGUGUUAUUCAUCAACUUGUGUCAACUAAACAGUCAUUUUCUUCUCAUGUUAAAUAGAAAAUMACUCUGUUUUAAAAUACACCACAGUAAUACACAUACUUUAUCUGUAUAUUGCCAGCAUUGUACAUUGCAUGUAUGUCACACAAGUUGUAUUUGUUUAGUAUCRACAUUAAUUUAUAGUGGCAUGGAAUCUGAUGCUUAUCAAUCUAUGAUAUAUCACUAGCAACAUUAUAUUUGAAAAUGUAAAGACGCUAAAUGCCAUUGCAGCAAAGUUUUAAGUUAAUGCAUAUGGAAAUAUUUAUUUCAUAGAAUAUUUUAGUAGAAAGAAUUAGAAGCAUUUAGAGCUUUUUGUUUUUGUCACUUGAAUGAAAGAGGACAGAAGWUAUUUGAAUUAGAGAAUGGUAGGGAAGGGAAAAUAGCGAAAUGUCAAUCAUUUAGAUUAUAUUUUAUACAUAAAGAUAAAAAAUAAAGGUAAUUUUGUGGA